AUGUCCACCACGGCGUACCAAGUGGUGGGCUUCCUCCUGGCCGCCCUGGGGCUGGCGGGCUGCAUCGCCGCCACGGGCAUGGACACGUGGAGCACCCAGGAUCUGUACGACAACCCUGUCACCUCCGUGUUCCAGUACGAAGGGCUCUGGAGGAGCUGCGUGAGGCAGAGCUCCGGGUUCACCGAGUGCCGGCCCUACUUCACCAUCCUGGGCCUCCCAGCCAUGCUGCAGGCGGUACGAGCUCUGAUGGUCGUGGGCAUUGUCCUCGGUGCCUUUGGCAUCCUGGUGUCCAUCUUCGCCCUGAAAUGCAUUCGUAUUGGCAGCAUGGAGGACUCUGCCAAGGCCAACAUGACGCUGACCUCCGGAGUCAUAUUCAUCAUCUCAGGUCUGUGUGCAAUUGUUGGAGUGUCCGUGUUCGCCAACAUGCUCGUCACUAACUUCUGGAUGUCCACAGCUAACAUGUACAGCGGCAUGGGUGGGAUGGUGCAGACAGUUCAGACCAGGUACACCUUUGGCGCAGCUUUGUUCGUGGGCUGGGUGGCUGGAGGCCUCACCCUGAUUGGAGGUGUCAUGAUGUGCAUCGCCUGCCGGGGCCUGGCCCCUAAUGAAACCAACUACAAAGCCGUGUCUUACCACGCCUCAGGCCACAACGUGGCCUACAAGCCAGGAGGCUUCAAGGCCAGCACUGCCUUUGGAUCCAACACCAGAAACAAGAAGAUUUAUGAUGGGGGCGCCCAUGGAGAGGAUGAGGUACAAUCUCAUCCUUCCAAGUACGACUACGUGUAA